AUGACCACCCCACAGAGGCAAGGUGUGGCCAGUCAGAUCGUGGUCCCGUCGAACCAGGUGUCGCGGGUCGCGUGGGAGAAGGUCGCCGCGCCGCCCACCGCUGCACCGCGACCCCACUUCACGGAGGAGGUGGAGAACCAGACGGUGGUGGUGGGCAGGGACGGGACCAUGCGCUGCUCCGUCAAGAACCUCGGCAGCCACCAGAUCGCGUGGAUGAAGGCGGACACGCAGACGCUCCUCAGCAUCUCCAACACCAUGAUCUCCCGUAACUACCGCAUCCGCGUCCGCCACAGCGACAACACCACCUGGUUCCUGCACCUCGAGAACGUGAACCUGACGGACCGCGGCAACUACAUGUGUCAGAUCAACACCGUGCCGCCGAUCUCCAAGCAGGGCUACCUCGAGGUGGUGGUUCCGCCGGAGAUCUUGGACGAGGAGACGAGCACGGACGUGGAGGUGAAGGAGGAUGCGCCGGCCCAGCUGCGGUGCGGGGCGAAGGGUUACCCAGCGCCGGAGAUCAAGUUCACCAAGGAGAGAGGCGGCCAAGUUCGCUACGCCACCAAGGGAAUGCCAGGCGCCGUGCCCUCCAGCACCACCGUGGACGAGGACGGGCUGAAGCGAACCACCGCCGUGCUCGCCUUCAACACGGUCACUCGCGGGGACAUGGGACACUACCUCUGCAUCGCCUCCAACGGUGUGCCGCCCAAACAAGCGGAUGCGUCACCCUACCCGCGCCCUGUCGUCUUCUGGCAGGACAGCAGCGGCAAGAUGAUCAUUUCAGGCGGUCGGUUCCGGGUGAAGGAGACGCAGGUGGGGUACAGCACGCCGAAGAUUCUGACCAUGCUGACGAUCUCCGACAUCACGCAGGAGGACUUCACAACCUACCGCACAACACCUCCAUAG